AUGGCAGAAGUACAUGUUAUUGGCCAGAUUGUUGGAGCAUCUGGAUUCCCAAAACAUAGUUUGUUUUGCAAGUGGGGUGUCCACUGUGGAGGUGCAUGGAAAAUCCUAAGUGGCUUACGAGAAGGACAGACACAGGUCGACAAUCCUGAAAGUGAAGAUGCUGCAUAUUUUGCUCAUCCCAUUGACAUUCAUUUUGCUACAAAAGGAAUUCAAGGUUGGCCACGGCUUCACUUCCAGAUUUGGCACCAAGACUCUUUUGGAAGAAAUGAGUUAUAUGGUUAUGGAUUUGUCCACAUUCCCACAUCCCCUGGCACACAUGAAAUAGACUGCAACACAUGGCGACCCAUUGGAUCAUUCAUGGAGAGUGUUUCACAGUUCUUCCUCGGUGGUGGCCCCCAUUUGAAAAACCCAGACCUCAUCUACAGUGGUGCUGAUAGGUACAGACUGCAGACUGUUGCCAUGGGAACUGUUCAUCUCAGACUUGGAAUUAUUUUGAGGAAUUUUGAUAAGUUUGGCAUAGAAUGUUGA